CCAAGUCGCUCCCGCCGCCCUCCCUCACGCAGGUGCUUCCACUCCGUGUGGAUCCCACGACCAAAAGCGGAGUUCAUACCUGAAAGUCUCUGAAGCUGAAGAAACAUCAUCAGCCGAAAAAGCAGUUUGAAGGAGUCGAACAAGAAGAACAAGUCCGCGCAUGCCGCCGCCCACCCCACUAACUCUAACCGCGCGCACGACUUCCCCGUCAACUCGCACCUGCCUUGCAAUCCGGAUUUCCUCAACCGCGAUUCGCCUCCUCCGCCUCCUCAGAUCCCGCAAAACCAUCUGCUCCGAUUCGCCGGAGAAUGGGGGCGGGGCCGUGGAGGCUGCUGUGCUGCUGCUGCUGCUGCCGCGGCGGGUCCGAUCGUACUGACGCCAAGCUCAGGCCCGACGCCGCCGGCGGGGAGGCGGCGGCGGCGGCGGCAGGGGGGGAGUGGUACGACCUCCCGCCGUUCCAGGAGUUCACCUUCCAGCAGCUGCGCCUCGCCACCGCGGGCUUCGCCGCCGACAACAUCGUCUCCGAAGGCGGCGACAAGGCGCCCAACGUCGUCUACAGGGGCAAGCUCGACGCCCAGCGCCGGAUUGCCGUCAAGCGGUUCCACCGCAACGCGUGGCCCGACGCGCGCCAGUUCCUGGAAGAAGCUAAGGCUGUUGGCCAGCUCCGGAACAAACGAUUCGUAAAUUUGCUUGGUUGUUGCUGCGAAGCUGAUGAAAGGUUGCUUGUUGCUGAGUACAUGCCCAAUGACACACUGGCAAAGCAUCUGUUCCAUUGGGAAUCACAGGCAAUGAUAUGGCCCAUGAGAUUACGGGUUGUUCUGUAUGUCGUCGACGCUUUAGAUUACUGCAUAAGCAAGGGCCGGGAUCUCUAUCAUGAUCUUAAUGCCUAUAGAGUUUUGUUUGAUGAUGACUGCAACCCUAGGCUUUCAUGUUUUGGUCUAAUGAAGAACAGCCGGGAUGGCAAAAGUUACAGCACCAAUUUGGCAUUUACUCCUCCUGAAUAUAUGAGGACUGGAAGAAUAACUCCAGAAAGUGUCAUAUACAGCUUCGGCACAUUGUUAUUGGAUGUUCUUAGUGGGAAGCAUAUUCCUCCUAGCCAUGCCCUUGAUCUGAUUCGAGAUCGAAACUUCAGUAUGCUCAUAGACUCCUGUUUAGAGGGCCAAAUUUCUAAUGAGGAAGGAACAGAACUGCUGCGUUUAGCUUCAAGGUGCCUGCAUUAUGAACCACGAGAACGGCCUAAUGUAAGAUCUUUGGUUCUUGCGCUGGUUUCUCUUCAGAAGGAUGUCGAGUCUCCAUCUUACGAUCUGAUGGAUAAGCCUCGUGGUGGUGCAUUUACCCUUCAAUCGAUCCAUCUUUCUCCUCUUGCUGAAGCUUGCUCCAGAAAGGAUCUUACUGCAAUACAUGAAAUUCUAGAGUCAACUGGCUAUAAAGAUGAUGAGGGAACAGCGAAUGAGCUCUCAUUUCAGAUGUGGACUAAUCAAAUGCAAACUACCAUUGACUCAAAGAAGAAGGGCGAUAGUGCAUUUCGACAAAAAGAUUUUAGCAUGGCCAUUGAUUGCUACUCUCAGUUCAUUGAUGUUGGUACCAUGAUAUCGCCAACAAUCUAUGCCAGGCGUUGCUUGUCAUAUCUCAUGAAUGACAAGCCACAACAAGCUCUGAAUGAUGCCGUGCAAGCUCUGGCGAUAUUUCCUACAUGGCCGACUGCAUUUUAUCUUCAGGCUGCAGCCCUAUUUUCAUUGGGAAAAGAGAAGGAAGCUCGGGAAGCACUCCAGGAGGGUGCAGCUGUAGAGACAAAGAGUAGGGGCCAUUAAAGAUGUAUAUCUGAACAGCAGGUGCUCUUCACUUGCUGGAGACAGCAGCAGGUGUAAUUUGGCUUAGGAGCAAGGAGACUGCCAGUUAGCCUUGUGAUACAUAGUAUAUUUUUUUUUAUGUAUAUAUAUGAAAAAUAUACAUAGUUAGAAUAUACUGCAGAGAGGGCAAGAGAGAGCCUAUUCAUCCAGUCACUCUGCCGCAUAAACGAGGAGAUGGAGAUGGAAGAAAAGGUGUUACAGUGCAUCUCAACUGUCAAUCAUCCUCGUCAGAUCAUGUUAUGAUGGUCAUAGGUUGUAGGGUUUGUAGAGCAAGUGUUGAUUGGUCUUUUUGCUCUUGUCUUGGUCCUCAGCUUCAGCUGGGCACAGUGAUUUGAGAGUCAUGUAUUGUUAGAGUGUAGUGGAGAGAAGAUUUGCUGAAUUCUUCUGUAAUGAUUUAGUUUUGGGUGCAGUGUGAGCUUUGUAUGUAUGCGAGAAGGCUCUAUUCGGAACA